AUGGAUUUGUAUCGUGGAUUUCUUAUGGUAACUUUGGUGAUGUUCCUACUUGUGCAAGAGGUGUUGGCAUUCACGAAGUGUGAGGUCUCAGUACUUACCGUUAAGAUAGUUGACGCUUGCCCAGCCGACGAAGAGUCUUGGAGAAAAGCAGCAGAGAGAUUCAAUUGUUCUUCUAUUCCUCAGUCGUGUUCACAAUCAUCGGGAGAAAAUGCACAAUAUUUUAAAUUUCAGUAUCAUUGUGUUAUCAAUGCAUGGAGAAAUGCGACACUAGAAGUAUGCGCACCUAAUCGCACUAUCCUUGGUUUUUGUACAGAAUUCAAUUUACAAGGGGCCUUAAUUCAGGACAACUAUGAUGCAGAGUGCACAAAACAUAAUCCUCCAUGUCCAACCAGUUAUAACUCAGCGGAGGCAUACAAAUAUCAAACGUGCUAUGAAAUGGUCAAAGAAAACCGACUGAGAAACAAGCAAGAGAGUAAAAAGGAAAAUAUUUCUGGAUAUACUAGUUUAUCUUCAUCAAACAGGAUAACUGGAGAUCUUCUUGUGGUUACUUUCCUGCUUCUGUUUGAAGUUGUUUUAAGAACAUUUGUCAUAGUGACCUAG